AUGCCAUGUAUCCCAAGAACGUGGAUUGCAAACUUUUCCUUUUGGGUUCACCUCCUUAAUAUCCAGGCAUUUUGCUAUGCUAGAAAUCCACCCGGGAGAUUUGUCUUCCCAGACCAGAAGCAAGAUCAAUUUGUUAAAGCGCUGCAAGAUUACCAAGUGGUUAGCCCAGAAAGAGUUGAUGGAGACGGACAUUUUCUCUCCUACCAUUUACAUCUCCAUGCUUCAAACUUCAGAGGGAAAAGAGACUCCAGGAGAAGAGACAGUAAAGCAUAUUAUAAAAUUAGGCACAAAAACACGGAUCUCUUCUUCGACUUAACACUUCACCGAGAAUUACUGUCCAAUAAUUAUGUUCUGGAAAAGCGCUAUGGCAACUAUCUCGGUGCUAAGAUCUCUCCGAGCACAGGCACAUCGUGUCACCUUCUUGGGACCGUCAUGGAUUCUGGUUCCAGGAGUGGAACAGCAGCGAUCAGUACUUGCAAUGGGCUAACCGGUUACUUCCACUUGCCUGAUGGAGACUACUUUAUUGAACCAGUGAAGAAAUAUGAAUCAAGAGAAGGGGCACAUCCACAUCUAAUCUACAAGACAAACGUCGUCCAGAAGACUUUGCAAAAACAGCCGGACGCCUGGACAGAUAAGCAACGGAAUUGCGGGGUGAAUGAAACAUCAAACUUUUUCAAACAGCAAGAACUUCGAAGGAUAAAGUGGGAAAGGAACCAUGUGACACCAAGAACAACCUUCCGGCGUUCUGUCAGUAGAGAAAGAUGGGUAGAGACUUUGGUAGUUGCUGAUAGUAAAAUGAUUGAAUACCACGGAAGCGAAAAUGUGGAAUCCUAUAUCCUCACGAUCAUAAAUAUGGUUGCAGGAUUAUUCCAUGAUCCAAGCAUUGGCAACGCAAUCCAUAUUGUGCUUGUUCGACUUAUUCUUCUUGAAGAAGAGGAGCAAGGACUGAAAAUCACCCACCAUGCAGAUAAAACUUUAGCCAGCUUUUGUAAAUGGCAAAAGAGCAUCAACCCAAAAUUGGAUACAAACCCACUUCACCACGAUGUAGCUGUACUUCUUACCAGAAAAGACAUUUGUGCCAGCGUGAAUCAUCCCUGUGAAACCUUAGGCUUAUCCCACCUUUCGGGAAUGUGUCAACCCCAUCGGAGCUGUAACAUCAAUGAAGACUCUGGCCUACCUUUGGCCUUCACGAUAGCCCAUGAACUUGGACACAGUUUUGGCAUCCAGCACGAUGGAAAAGAAAAUGACUGUGAACCAGUGGGAAGACGGCCAUACAUUAUGUCUCGGCAGCUCCAGUAUGAUCCCACACCUCUCACCUGGUCACGAUGCAGCAAGGAAUACAUCACCCGUUUCUUAGACCAUGGAUUGGGCUUUUGUCUGGAUGAUGUUCCCAAGAAGAAAGAUCUGAAGCCACCAUUCAUUGCACCUGGAGUCAUUUAUGAUGUUCAUCACCAGUGUCAGUUACAGUAUGGACCCAAUGCAACAUUCUGCGAUCAAGUGGACAAUAUUUGCCAGACCUUGUGGUGCUUUGUGAAGAGUUCUUGCCGUUCAAAACUGGAUGCUGCAGCAGAUGGGACAAGAUGUGGGGAGAAUAAGUGGUGCUUCUCAGGUGAAUGCAUAACAGUGGGUAAGAGCCCUGAAGCAAUUAAUGGCGCAUGGGGAUCCUGGUCACCCUGGUCACACUGUACUCGGACAUGUGGAGCUGGCAUUCAGGCAGCAGAAAGACACUGCAAUAACCCAGAACCACAGUUUGGAGGGAAGUAUUGCACUGGGGAGAGGAAGCACUACCGUAUGUGCAAUGUUAAAGGGUGCCAAAAGUCAACACCAAAUUUCCGUGAAAUGCAGUGCAGUGAGUUUGAUACAGUUGCUUACAAAAACGAAUUUUACCAAUGGAUUCCAAUUUAUAAUACAGCUAAUCCCUGUGAGCUGCAAUGCCGACCUACAAACCAACAUUUUUCGGAGAAGAUGUUAGAUGCUGUAAUUGAUGGUACACCUUGCUUUGAAGGAAACAGCUACAGAGAUGUCUGCAUUAAUGGCAUGUGUAAGACUGUUGGCUGUGAUUAUGAAAUUAAUUCCAAUGCCACUGAAGAUCAGUGUGGAGUUUGCUUAGGAGACGGAUCUUCUUGUCAAACAGUGAAGAUAACAUUCAAUCAGAGUGAAGGAUUCGGUUAUGUUGACAUUGGCCUGAUUCCCAAAGGUGCAAGACACAUCAAAGUAGUUGAGAUGUCAGAAGCAGGCAAUUUCCUUGCACUGCGCAGCGAAGACCCUCAGAAGUACUAUCUCAACGGAGGGUUUAUUAUUCAGUGGAAUGGAGAUUACGAAGUGGCAGGAACAAUAUUUCAGUAUGAAAGAGAAGGAGAUUUGGAAAACCUCACUGCUUCUGGGCCCACAAACGAAUCCUUGUGGCUGCAGCUCCUUUUUCAGGAAAACAACCCUGGAAUAAAAUAUGAAUACACUGUCCGCAAAAGUUCAAGCUUGGAAAAUGAAGUGGAGGAGCCUGAAUACUUUUGGAAAUAUGGAAAGUGGACGAGUUGCAGUGUAACUUGUGGCAGUGGGUUUCAGCGACAGAUUGCCCAUUGUGUGAAAAAGGGGAAGAGCAUGGUGAAAAACCUGUUUUGUGACCCAGAAACCCAACCCAAGGCAAAACAGAAAAAAUGCAUUGAAAAAGAUUGCCCACCAAGAUGGUGGGCAGGGGAAUGGCAGAAGUGUUCCACCACCUGUGGGCCCACAGGGGAAAAGAAGCGCACUGUCCUUUGUAUCCAGACACUGGGAUUGGAUGAGCAGGCUCUGCCAGUGGAGGAAUGCCAACAUCUGCUCAAACCAAAGACACGCCUUUCGUGUAAUAGGGACGUCUUGUGUCCAUCCGACUGGACUGUAAGCAAUUGGACUGAGUGUACAGUUACCUGUGGUGGAGGAGUACGCACUCGUUAUGUCACUUGUACCAAAAACAAUGGAGAACCAUGUGAUGUUUCAAAGAAACCCCAUUCUAAAGCUCUGUGUGGUUUACAGCAAUGCCUAUCCACUCAAAGAUUGCUGAUGACUCAUUUCAAGUUCCAUAAUGGAAAGAUUAUUAGAAGAAUAGGGGCUAUUCCCAGAAGAGGCCCUUCAAAACAAUUGGCCACCCCAGAACCAUUGCCAAGAAUCCAUUCAACAAUAAUGCCCAGGCUCAGAAACAUUACUUUGAUACCCACUUCCAUCAGCCUUGUAAAUUCUUCUUCAAAUGAAGACUUGGAAGUAAACAAGUUAGAAAACAAUUCCAUUGACUCAAGCAUACCCAGUGACUACUCCUAUGUAACUAGUGCCAACAUGGCAUUGCAAAACAUCACUCAUGGACCUCUCAUAACCGCUUGGAACAUAUCUUCAGAAGAUAGCUCCAUAAACAUAAACAAGGAUUCCUUUACCAUUGACCCCAUGUACAAUCCAAAGACUAAUUAUUUAAUGGAAGCAAAUAACACAAACAGUACUGAGCAAGAAAUAAAAGACUACAUCCAGACUGAAAGACCAACAGAGAGUACUGAGCAAGAAAUAAAAGACUACAUCCAGACUAAAAGACCAACAGAGAGGUUCCUUACCUUCACUACAAGCAAGAUCUCAAGAACCUCAUCUACCGAUCAUCAGCCUGAUAAUCCCAACCAAUUUUCUGUUACUCCCACAAGAGGAAUUGAGGUUUCAUUGACAACAACAGCUCUCAAAGGCCUUCAUGUACAAAUAAAUCCGCCUGUGACAUCAGAUCCCAUUACAGAACAACCAUCACUAGAGAAUACAUUAGAAGAAAAAUCUGCAAAUACAACCCCAUCAAAGUCCCCUUUCAGUGAAACAUCCCCUUGGGCGACAGAAAGUCCAUUUGUGCGAGACCCCACUAUGCCAAAGAAUAGUGAGAAUGUUUUCAAAACAAAGUUACUAAAUGAGUCUGAUUUAGAAAAUUCCAGAAACCUGCAUACUAAUGCCUAUUGGUUGGUGGGAAACUGGACGGAGUGUUCUACCACAUGUGGUAUUGGGGCCUUUUGGAGACCAGUAGAAUGCAACACCAAGAAUGAGUCUGACUGCCAGCAUAUCAAAAAACCCGAUCCAGCCAGAAGAUGCUACCUUCGGCCAUGUGCUCAGUGGAGAAUAGGAAAUUGGAGCAAGUGCUCCUCCAGCUGUGGAGGUGGUUUCAAGUCCCGCGAUGUGCAUUGCAUUGAUGUACGAGAAAAGAGACUCCUGAGGCCAUUCCACUGCCAGGUCGUACAAAGCCAGCCAGUACUGAACAUGAGCUGUAACAUGGAUCCAUGCUUCGUAUGGCACACAGAGUCCUGGAAUGAGCUAGCUUGCAAAGCUUUCCCAAAACCCCACGGCAUUGUGAGAACAGAGGCCAUGGUGCUGAUUCCCAACCAAUGCAGACUUUGUGCUUGGAAUGUGUGCUUUGUCAUUCAAAAUGUCUUCCAGUGCUCAGCUUCAUGUGGAGGGGGUACUCGGAAAAGAUCCGUGCAAUGUAUCAGCGUGGAUGACCACGCAACCAAGGAGGACAACUGGUGCCAGCAAGAGACCAAGCCUCUGGAUUCUCAGAAAUGCAACCUACAAAAAUGUGUGAAAAAUACUGGCUCAACCUGCAGCAAGGACCGGCUAUCCGUGAACUUCUGCGAGAGGGUACGAGAUAUUGGUAAAUGUUCUGCACCCUCAGUGAGGAUUCAGUGCUGUCAAACGUGCAAAAGAUCCUUGGCUGUCAAUGAAAUGAAGCGUGGGAAUUAACCAAAUCUGAAUCGUUACCCAAAUAAAAAUUAAACUUGCUAAGAUGGACUUUGGAAAUUAAAAAAAAUCUUCUACAAUUUCCAGCAUGCUCUAUGGACUUCUAAUUUAAACCUUCCCAGAGGCAAAGCAGCCUUUU